AUGGCUGAACCGAAUAUUUUCAACAUUAUCGCGAUUGCUGUUCUUGUACUGAUCAUUCUGUUAGCAGUAAUCUAUCUGAUUCCGAUUAUAUUCAUUCGUCGUUUCCAUACCGUCAAUAACCUAUUCACUCUUAAUCUUGCCGUUGCUGCAAUAUGCUGUAGCGUGUAUUGGCUCACCUAUUUUGUCCUAUUCAUAUUCUACACAUAUGCACUAAGUGACAGUAGAUUUUGUGCGAUUCUGGAUUACUUUCAAAUGGUAUGCUCACUCCAGGUACCAUUAGCAAUCGUUGCAACAUCAUUGCAUCGCCUCUGUUCAAUUGUUUAUAUGACAAAACCCUAUUUCAAAAAGAAAAGAUGGGGAAUCAUAUGCAUUAGUGGUCAAUGGAUUGCUUGCAUUGUUUUGUCAGUGCCACAAAUAUCAUUCAACAAUCCGGAGUGUUCUUUCCCGCUAUGGAGAAAAAUUUAUACGCUUAUACUAUUGGUAAUAAUUCCCUCGAUUAUCUGCUUGAUCAAUAAUAUUCUUAUUUUUCAACAUGUUCGUAAUUCAACAAAUCGUAUUCAACCAUUGGGAAACGAUGGAAAAGACAAUCAACGUCAACAGAUUAGUGAUCGUGAUUUACAUCUCCUUCGGCACAUGAUCAUCAUGUUUUGCUUUUUCAUCGGGGGCUGGACUCCGAUUUACUUGUACACCUGCCUUGUGUCGAAUAUGAACUUUAACGAAACAAUCCCGUCCUUGUUUGUGCUAUUCGCAGAAUUUUCCUUAUUAAUGGAUAUCGCAGAUCUCUAUUUGUAUAAUCGUGAAUGGAGACGGUUUUGUAUAGAAAAAUUUCGUUGA